AGCAGUUGAUCAAUCGGCUAAGAAAGAUGCAGAUCUUUGUUAAGACCCUGACCGGGAAGACGAUCACGCUCGAGGUGGAGAGCAGCGAAACCAUCGACAAUGUCAAGGCCAAAAUCCAGGACAAGGAAGGCAUCCCUCCGGAUCAGCAGCGCUUGAUCUUCGCGGGGAAGCAGCUGGAGGACGGGCGCACCCUGGCCGACUACAACAUCCAGAAGGAGUCGACGCUGCACCUGGUGCUCCGCCUGCGGGGCGGCAGCCGCGGCCAGUACAUCAUCAUGGACCCCAGCCUCCUGCAGCUCGCCCUCAAGUACAAGGAGAAGAAGAUGAUCUGCCGCAAGUGCUACGCGCGCUUGCCCCGCGGCACCACCAACUGCCGCAAGAAGAAGUGCGGACACAGCAACGAGAUCAGGGCCAAGAAAAGGUUCCUCGACAAGCAUAUCAUGUGAAGAAGAAGAAGAAGAAGCACAAGGCCUAUAUAUCCACCGCCCUCCAAUAUGACGUGUUAUAUAGUAGUAGCAGUAGUAGUAGUGUAGUAUUUUCUAUGGCAACACAGUCUUUUAAGUCUUACUAGGUUUUAAGCCAUGCAAACUACUCAAAGCAAAGCAACGUCAACAAGUAGGAGUAGUAUAUUUAGUCCGCAUGGAUUGGAUGUGUAAUGAUGAUAAUUUAUUAAAUGGCCGGGUU